GGUGUCAAAUUUCGGUGUUUACAGGCCUGUUUCAUAAAUCUGCUGUGUGUAGUAUUUUCUUCACUCAGUACUGGUUUCUGUGGUUCUUCAGUUUGUAGUAUUUGCUGUUUGUAGUAUUUGGUGCCUUUUGUGUUUGGAGUUCGUAGUUUGUUAUUUUUACCAUCUUUACUUUAUCGUUUUCAGGGAUUUUCAGCAUCACUUUGGUUUUUGUCUUUUUGUAGUUGAUGGGGUUAGUUACGGUGCCCUCUGGCAGCUGGGAUAGGCUCCACCCCCUGUGACCCUGAUUUGGAUAAGCAGAAAGAAAUGAGCCAAAGGUGUUUGGUGGUGUUUCUGAUAUUAUAUCUUUGGUGUUCUCAAUGUUGGGUCAUAUUUUGGCCGAUUUUGGUGGGAGAAAAGGUUAGGUCCUCCAGAACAGAGGACGGCGAGAGCACAGCAGAGAUGUUUGAAAAUGUCCCGACAGUGUCCUCGACGGAGCGUCAGCAGGUGCUGGCAGCUCUGGAGCGUCUGCAGGCCAAACUGGUGCAGCGGGAGGAGUGGACCCACAGCGAUACCCUGGGAAACCUGCGAGAGACGCUGCAGAGCCCGCUCUUUAACCACAUCCUGACUCUUCAACACUCUAUCAAGCAGCUCCGCAGCCAGCUGAGCGCCAUGCCUCCCAACACCAGCAGCGAUUUCAGUUUCUCCAAAAAAGGUCAACUGAUCAUGAGCGUCGAUCCAGCCAGCGGCUCAGCCCCAUCCAUGCUGUCUGCCACCUCCUCCAUCCUCACCAAUGGCUCGUUUCCGCCCAAACGUCAGACUCCGUCCACACCUGACCUCCAGAAGUGGAUUCUUGAUGCUGCCAAGGGACGUCCCACUGACGUGGUCAGAUUGACUCGUCCUCUGACCGGCGGUCUGGGCUUCAGCGUGGUCGGUCUGAAUCCAACAGGAAGCAGUAGCCGCGGCGUCUUCAUCAAACACGUCCAGCCCGGAGGAAUCGCUCACAGGGACGGGCGUCUGCAGGAGCGGGACCAGAUCCUGGUGAUAAACGGCAGUCCUCUGGAGCCGGGCAUCAGCCAGCAGCAGGCGCUCUCCCUCCUGCAGCAGCCUGGAGAGACAGUGGAGCUGGUGGUGGCCAGAGGCCGCCUGUCUGACGCAUCGUUACUGCCCACAACACCGAUCAACACGGAUCAGUGGGACCACGUGGAGGAGAUCGAGCUGGUCAAUGAUGGAUCUGGUCUGGGUUUCGGCAUCGUGGGCGGGAAGACGUCCGGAGUGGUGGUCAGGACGCUGAUCCGAAACGGUGUGGCUGACAGGGAUGGGCGCCUCCGCACGGGUGACCACAUCCUUCGAAUCGGGGCAACGCCCACCAGCGGCCUCACCAGCGACCAGGUAGUCCAGGUGCUGCAGGCGUGCGGUAGCCGCGUGAACAUGCUCAUUGCCAGAGACCCCCAAGGUCAACAAGCAGCAGCACCUCCUCCCCCACCACCUCCUAUGUCUGCCCCCGUUUCCUCUUUACCACCCCAAACCCCCGAGCUGCCUCCCCAGAACCCGCCCCAGCGGCGUGUCAGCAAGCCGCCCAAUCUCGAAGGAUACGAGAUCCAUGAGGUUACUCUCUCCAAGAUGGAAGGACAGAGCCUCGGCAUCUCCAUCGUCGGCUACAACCGUCUGACCAGCCAAGAUGCAGUCGGUGUGUUUGUCAAACAGGUGGUUCCCGGCAGUGCAGCGGAUCAGAGUGGGAACAUCCGAGUCCAAGACCGGCUGAUUGCUCUGGACGGCGUCAGUCUGCAUGGUCUGACCAACCAGGAGGUUCAGGAGGUGAUGAAGCAGACGGGUCAGACUGUCGUUCUCACUCUGGUCAGGAAGAAAGCCAGAGCUCUGGAGAGAUCGUUGGAUAAAGUGGAGAGAGAGCCUUCUCGAGUUUCUCUCAGGAGGUCAUCGGAGGUCAAAGCUCACUCGUCUGGGUUUGGAUCCACGAUGAUGAAGCAGGAAUCAACACACCUAAACUCAGCACAGCUAAACAGGGAGGCAGAACUGAGGGCUAAGUGGGAGCAGGCUCUUGGACCGAAUUAUCAAGUCCUGAUGGUGAAUUUGGAUCCCGUGAUCGAAGAUGAUGAAGAGCUGCAGAAGUCAUCGAAGCUGCUGCCUGUCCACACUCUGCGUCUCGGGGUCGAGUUGGACUCCUUUGAUGGUCACCACUACAUCUCGUCAGUGGUGCCCGGAGGCCCCGUCGACAGACACGGAGUCCUGAGACCCGAAGAUGAGCUGCUGGAGGUGAAUGACGUUCAGCUGUACGGAAAGUCUCGCAGAGAGGUGGUGUCGUUCCUCAAAGAGGUGCCUCCUCCGUUCACUCUGGUCUGCUGCCGACACCCGACCGCCGACCUGGAACCAGAAUCCGAAUCUGAACCAGAACCAGUACUACGACUAGAACAGAAAGCAGGACCGCCCAGGCAGUCGCAGCGGGGUGUGGAGGAGAUCGAGAUGAAGCUGUCAUCGAUGCUCUGCAGUCAGACACUCCUGGGAGAUGAUAGCAGUGGCAGACAGGAGCAGGUCUCACCUGUAGAGGUGGUGCUGAGGGAGGAGCGGACCCACUACACCCAGGAAGAGGAUGAGGAAGAAGAAGAAGAGGAGGAAGAUGAGGAGGAUGAGGACGGAGAGCUUGCUCUGUGGUCUCCGGACAUUCAGGUGUUGGAGCUGCAGAAAGAACGAGACAAAGGCCUCGGCUUCAGCAUCCUUGACUACCAGGACCCGCUGGACUCCGGCCGAUGUGUGAUGGUGAUCCGGUCCCUGGUACCUGGCGGUUCAGCGGAGCGUCACGGCGGUUUGCUCCCCGGAGACCAGCUUGUGUCAGUCAACCGCACCCAGCUGGACAUGCUCAGUCUGGCUGACGCUGUGGAGGUUCUCAAGUCUGCUCCGCCUGGUGUGGUCCGUCUGGGCAUCCGGAAGCCUCUGGUGGUGGAGGCGCCAGAGAGGAGGAGAGAGGACAGCAGCACAUCACUACCUGUGGCAAAGGGUUUCAGCGAGGCCGCCAUCCUUCCACAGAGCCUUCAUCUGGAGGAGGAGGAGGAGGAGGAGCCAGAGCUGAUCCUGGAUGCUCUCCCUCGCUACGCCACCUCCUCUCUGACCUCUGACCUCCGGCCAGAGGAGGAAGGCAGGGAGAUGGGUGUUGACGAAGAGGAGGUAGAGCCGGAGGACAGCGUGAGCCCCGCCCCCAGGAAACCCCCACCAUCUUGGGAAGAGUGGAAGUUGGCCUCCCUCACCCGAGCUGGGAGGGCAGAGGAGGCCUGGAGCAGAGAGAUGCAGGAGGAGGAAGACCUGCAGAGAUCGGACCAUGAAAGCAUUGCGUCUGUGGGAAAGCUGAUUCUGGGUCUUCCAGACUCCAGAGACAGCGAAGCAGACUCUGAGCUGACUCUGACCGACACUGACACAGAAUCUGUCAGGAGGAUUGAUACUGCGAAGAGGAAGAGGCGGAGCCAGGGGGGAGCCUCUCUGCCAAUCAGAGGAGGCCACAGUGACCUACCUGAAAGAGAGGAGGGGGAGGGACAGGAAACACCUGCCUUCAGCCACUGGGGACCGCCCCGCAGGGUGGAGGUGUGGCCUGAGGAGGGUCAGUCUCUGGGUCUGAGCAUCGUCGGAGGUCGCCAUGUCAUCAAGCGACUGAGGAAUGGAGAGGAACUGAAGGGAAUCUUCAUCAAGCAGGUUUUACCCAACAGCCCCGCCGCCAACACCCACUGUCUGAAGACCGGGGACAAGAUCCUGGAGGUGUCAGGUGUUGACUUGCGAGCUGCCAGUCACGAGGAGGCGGUCAACACGAUCAAAUCUGCCCCGAGCCCCGUCGUCUUCAUUGUCCAGAGCCUGACAGCGACUCCACGGCCCAUGUCUCUGACAGCUUCAACCAUCAGCAAAUCCCAAAUGAAGAGGACGGAGUCUCCGAAAUCGGAGGUAGUGCUGCCCCCGCCGAGACAGCCCCCACCCUACAGGCCUCCCAGCUACUCAGACAAGGAGCUGAACUCUGACUUGGAGGAGGCCAAAGAGCGGUGGUGUGAGCGUUAUGGAGACCUGCGAGGGGAGCUGCUAUGCGUGGAGCUGGAGAAGGAACGACAGGGUUUGGGCCUCAGCCUGGCGGGAAACAGGGAUCGCUCCCGUGUCAGCAUCUUCGUGGUUGGGCUCCAUCCCGGGGGGCCAGCCGCCCGCGACGGGCGCAUCCAGAUUGGAGACGAGCUUCUGGAGAUUAACAACCAGAUUCUUUAUGGGCGGAGCCACCAGAACGCCUCGGCAAUCAUUAAGAGUGCCCCCUCCAAGGUGAAGCUCAUCCUGCUCAGAAACGACGAUGCAAUAAACCAGAUGGCCGUUCCUCCCUUCCCCUCUCCCCCUCCACCACCCUCCCUCAGCCCGGCCAGCCCUGAGUGUAUCUCGCCCGCCCUGCUCAGUGGAUCCACCCCCUCUGACAGCCCCUGCCUCCCCGACAGCUUGACACUCCACCCGCUGUCGGACGCACCGGACGAGCCAAGCGACGAAGCCGAGCAGAACAGCAGGAGCAGGAACAGUGCCCCCGAGAGUCUGAAAGAGUCCGACACUUUCAGAAAGAGGCUGAAAGCUGCAGAGUCUCCAGAAAAUGAGCUGCAGGCUAUGCUGGAGCAGCAGUCACACAGUAAACGGAUGGCAGCUUCUCCUCCUCUGAUCAGCCCCGAUCAGCACAGAGACCCAACCUGCUGCGCUGUGGUUCCUGGUCAGGAGACACUGCUGGAGAUCUCCAAAGGUCGAUCUGGACUGGGACUCAGUAUAGUGGGAGGAAGAGACACACAGCUGGACGCCAUCGUGAUCCACGAGGUGUACGAAGAAGGAGCUGCAGCCAGAGACGGGCGUCUGUGGGCCGGAGACCAGAUACUGGAGGUGAAUGGAGUGGACCUCCGCGGGGCGUCCCACGAGGAGGCGAUCGCCGCCCUGCGUCACACACCGGCCAAGGUUCGUCUGACAGUCCUGAGGGACGAAGCUCAGUACAGAGACGAGGAGAACCUGGACGUCUUUAAGGUGGAGCUGCAGAAGAAGAGCGGCAGAGGGCUGGGGCUCAGCAUCGUCGGGAAGAGGAGUGGCAGCGGUGUGUUUAUCUCAGAGGUGGUCAGAGGGGGCGCCGCUGAGCUGGACGGCCGGCUGAUGCAGGGAGAUCAGAUUCUGUCAGUGAACGGUGAUGACGCGAGACAUGCCUCCCAGGAAGCCGUGGCUGCCAUCCUGAAGUGUGCUCGGGGUCCUGUCCUGUUGGAGCUCGGCCGACUCAAAGCUGCCUCCUGGAUCACAUCCAGACGUAACUCACAUGGGAGCCAGAUGAGUCACGCCAGCACAAACAGCUCAGGCGUUCCAGCUCCGUCCCUCACACAGUCCCCUGAGCCAUCUGACCCCCCAACCUCAAACCUGCCCCUCAACAACAACGCCGAGCCCACUGGUGAAAUCACUUCCUCCUCCUCGGGGCUCGACGAAGGCAUCCGAACAGUGGAGAUCACCAGGGGUCUCGGCGACUCCCUUGGGGUGAGUGUAGCAGGAGGGAAGGGCAGUCCUCUGGGUGACAUCCCCAUCUUCAUCGCCAUGAUUCAGGCCAGCGGAGUCGCUGCUAAAACCCACCAGCUCAAGGUGGGAGACAGGAUCGUCAGUGUUAACGGGCAGUCUGUGGACGGCCUGUCUCACAGCGAGGUCGUAGCCAUGCUGAAGAACAGCUACGGGAACAUCAGCCUGCAGGUGGUGGCGGACACCAACAUCAGCGCCAUCGCCUCUCAGGUGGAAAGUCUGACCAGCAGCUCCAGUCUGUCGGACAACACUGACACACACACAGCAGAGCCUGACGGUCCACGGCCUCGCAGCAUCAGCCUAGAAAAAGGUUCAGAGGGGCUCGGCUUCAGCAUCGUCGGUGGCUUCGGCAGUCCGCAUGGAGACCUGCCAAUCUACGUGAAGACCGUCUUCAGCAAGGGCGCGGCAGCGGUGGACGGGCGUCUGAAACGAGGCGAUCAGAUCCUGGCGGUGAACGGAGAGAGUCUGCAGGGAGCGACACACGAACAGGCCGUUGCCAUCCUGAAAAAACAGAGAGGAACGGUCACGCUGGAUGUCCUGUCAUAACACAUGCCUGCUCACACACCUGCACACACACACACGGAGCUCCUGGUGCGACGCACACGCUCAGACUCUUGGACAACAACUCUGAUAGUCACUCUGAACCCCAACACGCAAAAAAUUGACAAAAGAAACGGUGUCAGACACGCACACACAGAUGCACACUUCCUGUGCACAGGUUGGUGGGUCACUCUGACUCUGCGGCCGUCUUUACAUUUUAAACAGAGCUUCUCAACCUCUGGGUCAGGGCGCCACAUUGGGUCUCAGCUGUUGUGUUCGUGCUUGCUGUUUGGAUCUAAAGUAAACUUCCCGCGGUGUGACUCUGACCUUCCAUUUCGCUGUUUCUGUUUUCACGCUGUAAUAUUUAAUCCUUAAACAGGCACGCCCACGCUUUCUGAAAUACCACCAAUCAAAGAGCUCCUAAAUAAAUAAGGUGUAGUUACCUGGCUCUUGUCCACCAUCUUGGACUGCAGUUGGUGGUCCUUGUUCUGAAAACUUUACCUUCCAGAUGCACCUGGGGAGCAGCAACUCAGGAUCUUUGGAGUGCUGUUGGUGAGGUUUUGUUUUUUUUGGAAAAAAAAAAAGCAUCUGCAGAAUCAGCGGUCACAAACCUGCUCACAGAUCCAAAAUACUGCCAGAUCAACGUUCUGGACCCCCCCACCAGAGCACUGACCUUUGACCUCAUCUUUACUACAAUAACAAGCAGAUCGGUCUGAGACCGCCCAGCUCAAGCUGUCCUCAACUGUGCAGCAACAUGAGUGGCUCAUUUGUUUCUCACUGGCUGCUGAUUGUCUGAUUUCAGGCUUAAAGAACCAGAACCAGGACUACCAUCACCAAGGUGGUGUAGGUGGAGUCUGCCCAACUAUGAAAACAGCCUCUCUGGAAGGGUAGCUGAACCUGGUCAGCCUGCCCGAUGGCUAAUAAACUGAUCGCACACCACAUUGUUCUCGGGUAGAGAUAAAAACGAGUCCGCUGAUAUCCUGUAGCAUCAGUUCUGUCCUGUAAUCGUGGAACCGACCCGACCCAACUAUAAAAUCUGAUGUCAUAACCCAAAACCAGGUUGAGAAGCUCUGUUAUUAUUUAUCCUGUGAUUGACACAACCCUCCGUACUGACGGAGGAAUGGCCAAAUCAGCCUGCACUGACUGGUACUGACUGAGACACGGACUGAUGGGAAACCUUUCACAGAUGGAACCAGAGGAACAAAAAGGGAAAGAUGUGGCUGAUGUUAGCCUAGCAUCUCUUCUGUGGUCCACUGUUAGCUGUGUAGUAGCCGUUGUUGUAAAAGUGGAGACCGAUGUGGAGCGUAACGCCGCUGACCGCUCAGGCCUCGUCAGCUUCCCAUUUUUUUUCUGCCAUCACAACCAGCCAAACAUGAAAGAAACAGCUGCUAGCCUUUAGUUUCAUCUUCAUAUUGGCUCUAUACCUGUGAUUUUCCACUCCAAACCUUUUUUUUUUUUUUCAUUUUUAAGAACUUUCAUUUGGGUCUAAAAGCACUUUUUCACCCGCAGGAACUCGAGCAACACACAAUCUGGAGCAAACAUUUACAAGAACAGGCUCCAGUGUUCCUUUCAGACUUUAACCAAUCAGCAUGCACCACACACAGCAGUGAAGGAAGCAGAGCCAGAAAGCACGAUGUUUCCCUAAACCUAAUCAAACUGUAGCUGGACAUAUAUUUUAAAUACAAAGUCUAGUGGUUAUGUUUGCACUGCAGCAUGAACCACACACAAAGUUAUAUGACUGGUCAGUUCAAACAUUCAUUCAUUCAUUAAUAAGAUCUUUAAAGAACCUUUAUAGCUCAAAUGUGUGCAACAGACAGAUAUGAAACUCUAAGGGGGGUCUCCUGGCAGUUUGACCCUGGUUCCUGCUGUGGAAAAGGUUCAUGUUUAGAUCUGAAAAUUACAGUGAUCGUUAGAUUUUAAUUACUGUUUUGUUAUUUUGUCAAGUAUUGAGCAAGAAAAGUGGCCAAAAACCUCCUUAUGAAAAAAUAUAAACCUAUAAGAGCUGAAGUCUCUAAGCUUGUUUCCACAUAAAUCGUAGGAGAUGGGAAGAGACUAAUAACACAAAGUCCGUCUAGAAAUGAGGAACCUGUUUCUUGCCAACAUUGCCAUCUAAUAGAAAAUGUUCUGUCCUAAAAACCUGCAAACUUCUCGAUCAAAAUCUGGAAAAUGAAAACAGUGGGCCUGAAGCUCAUUAAAAUAUCCCUUCAUAACAGAGGUAUAUUUAUUUUUUAUUCCUUUUUAUUUAUUCGAGUGCUUCCACUGUAUUUCUGUUGUUUAGCCAAACAUGUUAAACAGUGCCAUCAUUUGAUACCAUCACAUAUCCUCUGUUUCCAUGUCGGUGCUGACUGCUGAACAGAGCACACACAAGCAUACUGAUGUGAAAUGUGAAACUCCCGCUAUCUUCCACUGAGUUCGUGCAACACUUUAUAGAAGAUGUAAACAUGUCUGUCUCCAUGGAGAUGACUCUCAGGACUUGGUGGGUAUGGAGACUCCUGUCGCCCCUGGCAACAGAUACAGUGUCUUCCACAUUUGUAGUUGAAGCAGACGUGAAUAAAAGCAUCGGGCCGACAUUCAGUGAUAUCCUCGCGUUCUCCGUCUUUAUCAACAUGUUCCUUUCUUUGCGGCUAUGACUGACUGCAGCAAUCUGCUACUGACCGUUGCAGUCAUGAGGUGUCAACUAACAAUCUCUCGCAAACAGUGGUUACUGUGGCGUUCCUGACCGGUCUAAGGGCCUGUGCCACUGUGUUCUGAACCCUCUCACCUCUGAGUGUAAGCAAAGAAUAUCGGCUGUUUUCACUCAGCUGUGCAUAAAAGUCCACACUGAGCAGCUUCCUUUUUUUUUACUUCUCCUGUGUUACCAGCUCUGUAAAGCAAAGCAGAAGCUAACCUGAGAAAGUGUGGAAACUGGAGAAGAGCUUUCCCCAGAGCUGCCACAGGCCUUCAAAUUCAGAUCUGCUGGUGGCAGAUAAAUGGUUGCAAAUCGCAACCAUUAAACUUCUAAUAUUAAUUCUCAUCCAGCAUCUAGAUCUUCUCAUUCAAUAAAUAUGAGUAGAGCUCUCAGUUUAAUCCCUUUCAUUAAAUAUCCAGUAUUUAUGAGCAGCUGUCCUGAAGUGCUAAGAAACUCAGUUUGUUUUAGACGGAGAACACGAUGAUCAAACUGAAUGUCAGCAUUUUGCUUUGAAUGGUUUCCUACUGUGCAGGUAGCUGUUUGUGGCUGCGCAUCUUCGUCUGACUCAAGUGUUUAGCAGCAGCUGAGCACCGGCCUCAGCAGCAUCCUGUACUUUAUACAUAUCAAUCAAGUGCAAAAUACUUUAUGUUCAACUUUUACUUUGUCAUAAUUAUUGUCUUAAUUUUUUGGUACUUCAUAUGCAAAUGCCAGAGUAGAUGAAAUCUAAUUUAUUUUUGAUCUUGUUGAGAAUUAACAAUGUAUUUUUGUUGCUGUUGUGUUGUUAUGAGCACUAGUAUGUCCGAAUGUCAGAAAUCAGAGUGGAAACCUGCAGCUUUGGUCUGCUAGCGCUUCCUUGUUAUUCUGCAUCAUUUCUUAAUCAUGUUCUCAGAAGUUGUUGAGAAAAUUUGUUUGAUUUCAAAUAAAUAACAGAUAAUAGAUCCAAA